CAAAAUAUUUGAGGUUUGACAUACAGCUGCUACAUGGCUUUGGCUACCAUAUGAUCUAGCUUCUGGGUGGAUUGGCAAUGAAAUGACGAUUUUGAACCAUCAAUGCAAUCGAAAUUGCAUUGAUGGUACAUCCAUAGUAAACAUUAACGAUCCUUCUCAACUCGGGAAGAAGCCGAAAACACAGGUUGUUGCAGGCUGUUACUGGUGUUCCAUGAAGUUCGGGCCUUCUAUCGAGCAUCAUCAAGAAGUACAGACGAUCAGAUGCCACUGGGGCGAGCCAUCGAACAAAACAGCGAUAAGCUCGGAUUCGGGCUUCGCUAGAUUCGACGAAGCUCUACCGAUCACGUCGUGACUCCGUUCAGCAUAUUCGUAUCUCCGCUGACGGCCAUAGAUUUCAUUGCUGCCAUCGUAUGGCC